AACUCCUCGGCCAGCUUUCUCUUCGCCGGCCCUUUAGCUUUACCGGCCGCCUUGGUUUUGGGUGGCAUCUGAACCUGCUCGUUUACAUCGAAUAUUAAACACACGUACAGAUUAUCAGCUCUGAAUGGCAUUUGCGCACGGUACGGUUAUUAUCGAUUCAUUCACUCUAACAGCAGCUCUGAGAGUAGUCCAGCUGCAAAUCACAGACUACUAUUAACACGCUCAUUCUAACAACGUAUCGUUUCUAUAGUAACAGCUCGUUCACGGGGACUCGUACAGCUUCGACGCUUUGCAUGAGCUAAGACUGAUGAACAGAUAUUUUUUAAAAGCGUUCUUAUUUAACAAAGACAAACACAUAAACGUUAUAUAUUACAGAGUGCUCCAUAAGGAGACAUUUAUCGAACGUGUAGGGAAGGAGCCGCCAGUGUCAGCGCCGUGUAACGGUUAGUCGUUUUUCCACCGGAGUAAAGUCUUCAGGACAGAAGAGUUUACGUUUCUCCGUAACAUGAAAAGAUGUGUUUGGUUUUCAUUUUGUUUUUUUUUUUGUCUAAUUAACUUUCUAGAGAGAGAGAGAGAGAGUGAGAGAGAAAUAGAUGGAUGGCAAGAGAAUGACUGUUUAUAGCUGCUAGUAGGACGGAUCUUGAAUUAAUAAAUGAAAAACUGUCAUUGUUGGCAAAUUGCAGUGGUGUAAGCGGAACAAAAACACUUCUGGAAUAAACUGUGUGGAUCAAUUUCGUCGAACAGCACGCACUUGUGAUGUUUCAUUCCUUAAUUACUUUCUAUUCUGAUAAAAACUCAGAACUGUUCUAUUCUACAUGUAACAGACGUUGCUAUGCAAAUUAUCAUGAUAAUUUCCACGCCCAUGUACCAAGCUCCGCCCCCAAAGUAGGCCCAUUCAAACACAAACAAAUCUUCCGGCCUGGUAGUCAGUUUAACAAAUGGGUUUUUUUCAGCCAAAUAAUACUUUUGUCUUUGACGUCACGGCUUAAACCAUUAUUUUUUAAUCAUGUUAUACAUACUUCGCAGAUUAUUUGUACAAAUAAGCAACUUUAAAAAUCGACUAUUGCACCUUUAAACGCGCUACAUUCUCGUGACAGGAGUCGGCAACACUGCGUGGGUAGAAUAUAGCGCAGCAAAGCGAAAUCUCGUGAAAUCUCGCGAUAUAACGAUUGCCAACCUCUUAGCAUAGAGAGCAGAUUUAAUUAAUACGUAUAUAAACGUCGUUUCACGUUCCUUCUACCAUUAGCAUUCAAGCUAUGGCAGUCAGAUCAAGCUCGCGGUUCCUUCCUUGCUCGUAGAAAGCAUGAUAAGUAUUAAACAUGAUAUAUAUAUAUUUAUUUGAAGUAAAGUCCACGCAUGCGAUACUUGUUUUUCUCAAGUCGGUUUACGUUAGCUUACUAAGCUAACAAUGUUAUGCUAGCAACGUAAUGAACACCCUCGCCUUUAAAAUAAGACAUGCCUAACCUCAUACUUUAAACAAAGUUACAUAACAAAACCCGUGUGUAAAUACAAAUAUGAUUUCAAAUAUUUAUCCAUAAGCAAGUACAAAACAUCACAAACCUGUACACAACACUAGUUACCGAACACAAGCGCUUAGCAGCUCCAAACUUCCCGCACAACUCUCAACCCGGAAGUAAGACGACGCACCUAAUUGGGCAACACUGGAAGACGUAACUUCCUGUUUGGCGCAAUGUGAGCUGGGAUGUGUAGUUUUUAUGAUCUCUCCCGCUCUUUCGUGAUAUAAAGUGUUCAAAAUGAGCGUCUUAUGAGUCAUUUGUCAUGUUUAAUUUGUUAUUAAUAAUUGUAAAUAAUUUUCCAAACACUACAGAUAUUCAAUGGACCUAAAUAUGAUUCCUAGUUGUCUCUUUUUUAAAAAUAAAAAAAAAUGUUUAUACAGGAUAUGUUUUGUUGACUGGCUUUUUAAUAUUUGACCCAUUUGUCUGUCAGAAAACAGUGAAACUCUUAUACUUAGUGGUAUAAAUGAAAGGGUCUGAUUUGUGAAUUCUUUUUAAGCGGACUCUAGCUGUAAAAUAAACCGUGUCGUUCAUGUAGCCGACAGUCCUCGUUAACUCACUCACGUUUUUGGGAUUUCCUCUGUUUGUUUGUUAUUUAUUUAUUUAUUUAAAAUUUUGUAAAGUAAUUUUUACGAAACAUGGUUUGUUUCAGGACCGCAUGCUUUUCCUCGGCGUAUAGUGAAGUGAAAAAAAAUGCAUUAGCUUGAUUUAUGAUGUGGAAAUAAAUGAAUCAUGGUUCAGUAUCCACAGUUUGGUUCUCUUGGUUCCAGGUCGUAUCUUGCGUCACAUUUUUAAAAAAAAACCGUGCAUAUUCGACGCUGAACUACGCGGAGCUUCACGAAGCGCUCGGCUCAUUCAUUAUUGACGGCGUGGCGUCCUGUAGCAGCUUUGUCAAUGCUUCGAGCUCAGGUUUCUGGUUUCCAUGUGCCACCUGACUGCCCCGGAUCCACCGCGGAACCGACUCUACAAAGGGGACUGCAAGGUGGAACUGGACGUGUAGCUGCUCUCGUGGACCCGAACUGUCAGUAAUGACUUCCCAUGUUGCAGGACGGAUUCAAAUCGAUCGAGUGAAGCUGCUAACAUCCUAUCAGCAGGAGUGAUGACGAUGAGCGGCCAUGCUGAGGAAGAGGAAGUGACACGUCUGCUCGGAGAAAAGAGCCGAGGGGAGAAGCGUGUCUCGUUUCCUCCGGAUGAGGAGAUGGUUUCGGGAUUUGCAGAGAGCAAGGACACACGGCAGGAUGGCGACCGUCGAACCUUGACAGAUAUCAUUUUGGCCUACGAGCAGAGCUGCAUAAAGCACAAAGUCGCACCCCAUCCCAAGACUCUGGACCAAAUAAAGGAAAUCACCUGCUUGAGUAACAGAGCCAGAUGCCUUGAUCUCCAGGGCGUUCGUUUGGAUUAUCGCUCGUGCGAGUCGCUGGAGGAGAUUCUGAAGUCUGUCCGGUUUAAUCUGAUCAACCUGCGGGGGGCGGAGCUCGAGGAAAAUGGAGCCUCGGCACUACUGGAUAUGAUUUCUUACUACGAAUCAGCCACGCACUUGGACGUGUCCUCGAAUACGACUAUGGGAGUCUCAGGAUGGCAGGCCCUCUCACGUUUACUCGUACAGAGCGGAUGCUUGUGGAGGUUGGACGCCUGUAACAUCCCCAUAGAGGAUUAUCCUGCACAGGCCCUGUCGAGAGCCCUCCUUAGCAGCAGACUGACAGUACUGCACCUUGAAAACGCCGGACUGAGCGGGAAGCCGCUCUUCACACUCGUUUGCUCUCUAAAGAAGAACAUCGCUCUGCAGGAACUCUACCUGUGUGACAACGAGCUCAGCAGCUUCCACGACUCCAUGCAGUUAGGAGAGCUUCUCAAAUACAACCGCACUCUCCGAACCCUCGACCUCAGCAAUAACGCCAUAUCUGACUCGGGUCUUGAGGAGCUCUGUGAUGGUCUGAGAGUUCAGAAGGCUGGUUUAAGAACAUUAGUGCUGCAUAACAACCAGAUUACUCACCGCGGCAUGACUCAUCUCGGAAGUGUUCUGCCUUUGUUGAGAACACUGGAAACGUUGGACCUUAGCGCUAAUGACCUAAAGGACAGAGGGAUGCACACGCUGAAGGAGGCUCUCAUCAGUAAUCGCUCUGUGACACGACUCAGCCUGGCUUCAGUGGGAAUAACAAGUGAGGGUGCCGUGGUGUUGGCUGAGUUCCUGGCUGAGUCUCGGUUCCUCCAAACUCUGGAUGUGAGGAAGAACCUCGUGCUCACCGGAGGCCUGAUGGCUUUCGCUCUGGCCCUGAAGCUCAACCGCACUCUCGUUCAUUUAGACCUGGACCGAAACCCCAGAGAGGAGAAGGUGAACACUAAAAAAACUUCUCGUACAUCGUAUAAGCAGUGGCCACAAGAUAAUAAAUUGAAGACUCGAGUUAAUCCACAAACUCAGAAGAUACCGAAGCUAUGAAUUGUGUAACUUAAACCCCUGAACAUUAUCUUUAAUACAGUA